AUGACUGCUUCAGUGCAUGCUUGGCAUGGUCAUUUGGGUGGCACAUCCAUGGAGGGUAUUGAAGAAGGCCUUUUAGAUGAAACUGAUAAUUUGACUCUUAAAUUGGAUGAAAAAUCUAUAGCCUUUCCAGGAACAGCCAAACAUGGUUGGAAAGAGCUUGUCAGUGAUCCCAGUCUUAGUGAAGUUGAGAUUUCAGAGAAUAGCAAAAUUCAGGAAAAUUACGUCAAAGGAGGAUUUGGUCACAAAGAUUGGGACCAUUAUUUGAGUGCAUUCUCAUUAAAUGAUGAAGAUACCACACACUUUAUGGCACUAGAAGCACAUACAGAUCACAGACAAGAGAAUUUGGGAAUUUCUGAUAGAGCUGAUGGUGAAGAGCAUGAAAAGGAACAUUUUGUAGUAGGAAAUAAAUCUGCUACAGGUGUAAUGGAGGGAGUAGAAAAUGUGACUUUGCCUGUGGUAUCUAAGAUUGCUAGAAAGAAAAACAUUGUUGAAUCCCAAGGAGGUCAAAAUCAAGGAAUGUUGGAACAGGAGAGCUCUUCAAAGAACAGUUCCCAUGUUGUAGAAGAUGAUUCAUUUCCUACAACAUCUAAACAAAAUUUAGCCCCUCCAAAAUUUGCGUGGUCCACCAAAGAAUAUAGUCCUGAUGGAGGAAAUUUAUAUGGAAGAUCAAAGACUGUUGUUAGGCCUGGUUCUGCUCCAACAAUAAGGGAUAAUGAAUUGAACUCCCAACCAGGAUUAAUGUCAGGUAUAGGGUAAAUAUGUACUACUCAAAUGAGUAUUUAAUUCUUUGUAUUAUGAGUAUUUCAGCUUGUGUAAUACUUGCUUACUUGAUGUACUCUUCAUGAACAAUUUUCAACAGUACAUCCAACCUCAAAUAAAGGAAUGCCCAUAUUACAUUGUAGUUUUAUUACCAUGCAUAUGUUAAAAUGUUACUAAAUUAUUUAAGGAAAUUUGUGAUCUGUUGCUCAGUGGCCAGAUCAAUGCACCAGAACCACAGGAUGAGUUGCUGCUUUAGAGUGUUAUCACAAUUAGUGGUACGUUCUGUUGAAUGAAAAUUGUGUACUAUUUAUUUUUGUUUUACAGAUACAAGUGAUAUUGUGUAUGGUUUGGAAGAGUCAUCUAAAUCAAUCAGACGGCCCGGAUCUGUUCUGUUACAAACAUCUGUUGGAGUUGACUGGCAACCACUCCUCCAGAUGGAUAAAAAUUCUCUUCCCAUUUCAAAUGUGAAUGCCUACUGGCAAACUGAGCCAAUAAUGCGAGCACGUUCUGCCCCAGCCAGAGAAGCUACAGAGAUGCAAACAACUGUGGAAGAAAGAAACAUAUUGCCAGCAGAUGCCAAAAAUGUUCCCAAUGUAAUGUUUAAUUCCUCCAGAAACCUUUCAUUAACAAAUUCAGGUGUGUCAAGCAACAUUAAUGGCAGGAGUGGUGAAAAGAAAACACUUCAAACACGAGCAAAGUCCGCAUUAAAUAUCCACGGUAAUAGUUAUUUCCCUAAGCAGUCAAGUUCUGUCCCAAGAGCAAAUUCUGCUCCACUUUGGCAAGAUAAAGAUACAAGUAAGCAAUCUCCUUCAUUGGGUGCAGUGACUAUCUCACCAGCUGAUUUUCAGACUGAGAAAGCACGCAGUGACUUUAAUCAUGUGGGGCAUGUCCACUCAAAGAAAACAACCAGGAUGGACGAUUGGGAAAGACCAUUGGAACAAAGGAAGAUAUCAGGUGCAGAUGAAGAUAUUCUUCAGAAAACUCGCUCAAUUUCAAGAACAAAUUCUGCUGUUAUGAAAAACACUUCUGAUAGAAAAACCUUAGAUAGAAAAACCUCUCAUUUUGCGAGACAAUCAACUGGAAUGAAUACAAAAGAAGAAAAAAGAAUUCCAUUUGAAGAUUUUCCUCAUCUUUCUGGUGAUGGAAAGGAUGAAAAGAAAUCCGAAGAUGACAUGAAAGGAAAUUUCGAAAAUAUUGGGAAUGUUUCCGACGUAAGUGACACUAAAGAGGAAAGAUACUCAGCAGAUUUAAGGUUCAAUACAAAUUCAACUUCAUACGAUACCCAAAACACCGUAACUACGAGCAGACCUGAUCAUACAGAAAGUACAACUGAGACUUCAAAUGUUGCUACCUCCAGGGAAGCUGCAGAGAAUCUACCAGUACGACCUCUGACUAUAGGCGACAGCUUAACCAUAGCGUCUACACUUGCUUACCGACCUAUAAGUCCUUUUGAACCAGACCUAUAUCCUACUGGUACAGCCACAUCUGCCCCAAUUGUACCAUCUAUUACAUCUGUUGCUACGACUUACCUCUCACCAUCCCAGUACUCAGAGGGAACGUUAGAUGGGGAUGAGGAAAGAGAAGGAGACAUGUCUGCACGUGAAAGACUUCAGCCGUUAGGUCGGGAUGGUUUAGAAGUAAAACAAGGUCCUCCUUGGGGUAUAAUGAUGCCGCUCUUCCAACCACAUUCUCGCGAUUCUUCACUGUCUUCUAAUGACAGCAGUGCAAGCCACACCCAGUUUCUUCAGCUCCAAACUACUUCAAACCAACAAUUUAAACUUGAGACAGAACCACUACAAAGUAUGUCUUCCACGCCGUCCGAAACUGACCUAUCCCGCAAGGCAUCCAUAAAAUCUCUGGAACCAAAGGAACCAAUGGGCGUAAAGGUAUUGAGCGGUGCUGGGAAUCUUAAAACACCAAUCGGAAAGUUUCGUCAGCAAAAUCCUGUUGAUGCUGAUAGUCCUGUCUCAAAAAUCCUUGGUCCUACUUUCAAAGCAACACAAAAAAUGUUGGAGGAACUACAGAGAAGACCACUUGGGGCAUAUGAUGAGGAUUUAGAACAGCUGCCGAUGGAUACUGAAAAUACGAGAAAUACGUUUGAGAGAGAAACAGCCACUGACAGGGAAAUGAUUGUUACAGACAAAAGGCCCAAUAGUAGAAGUUAUGGUGGUCUAGAAAGUGAUGCUCAUAAGGGAAUUAAUUGUGUGGAAGAAGGCAGAUAUGCCCAAGACAGCAGACGCUCCCAAUCCUAUGAUAGCACUGCUUCCGGGGAGAAGAUUGAUAAGACUACUCCUGAUUCGUAUCAAGGAACACCAGAUUUAACAUCUAUCACGACCGCAAACCUUGGAGGCGUAAAUAGUACACAUAGUUCCAUGGUUGAUGAUCUUCAGAAAAUUGGAGAUAGCAGACCUUCCAGGGACACCGUUCAAGAAUUUUCAACAAACCAACGAACACUAAAUUUAACCCCUAUAACGACCGCACAUCUUGGAGUCGUGGACAACAACCGUAGCUCGGGGGUUGUUGGUCUUCAAGGAGUCCCAGUUAGCCGAACUUUUUCAAAAGGAAGGGAGAUUAAGACGCCGACCAGGAGUUCCUUCAAUGAGGGUUCAAUAAGCCGAUCUACAUACUACGAUUUAACACCCGUAACGACGGCAAACCUGCUUGCGAGUACAACGCGUAGUCCAGUGAUUCCAAUGAAAGAUGGUAUUCCACAAAGAGUGGUUGUAAAUCUUGUGGGCAGCCACUCCCGGAGAAAUGAGAGUCGUAAACUACAACAGACAAGUGGGAUGACAGACAGUACCUUGGGAAACAGCGUCGGUUUGUCGGGUCAUUUGGUUCCUACUGAAGUUGACACAGAAAACGAAGGUACGUGCACAAUACGUGUUUUAGAAACUAGACAUCUGAGGUUGGUUGUACUGUACGAAGUUCGGAUAGUGACUUUUUCAAACUUGGCCGUUGAUUGGUGCAUAUAACCCGGAUUGAAGAUCGGCAUUUAGAAAUUUCAGUUUUUUACACCGAUUAUAAGUCCUUAGCCGUACUGUCACAUGCAGUUCCCCAAAGGUUGCAAAAAUAACUUUUGUGGAAAGCGCUACUCAGCUUUGUACAACCAACCCCUGGAAAGUUACUGUAGACGUAAAAAUCUCCCUUAAAUUAAAUUGUAAGCUUCUAGUACUGUAAGUAAGUGUCUUCAUGGCGGCCAAUUUCCAGUGCAUUGACACAAUGAAACGGAGUUAAUGACGCUAAAUAUUACCAUUACAUGUAUUUGGCACACAAAGCUAGGUCAUAUUUUUCAGUAUAUUGACAUAUACUGAAAAAAAGUGAUCCUGAUAGUUGCCUUUCCUGUUCAAGUUGACCAUACUUUACUGCAUCAUUAAUUUAUCAUGUCAAUUCCAAUGACCUCUAAUUGUUAUGUUUCCAUCAUAAUACAGGUGGAGGAAUAAGCAAGCCAGAAAAUCUCAAAUCGGAAAACCGCAGCGGCGCCAGUGACUUGAGCGAAUUCGACCGUGUUGCUUCAGAAAGCAUAUCGUGGUCAAAUGCCGUGGCGAGUCAAUUUCGCGAGGAAAUGAAAUCUGUAGACCUUGAAGUUCAGCAAAGAUUUGUGGACCCUCAGCACGACGAGACUUUAGUAAAUGAGCCAGGCGCGACUACUCCAAUCCUAGAUUCAGGACUCAGUGAGUCUUCAACUAACGACGAGAUAUUCCGACCUAAACGACUUACUCGUUUGUCCACUGGUAAUGGGCCAGUCGGAAUCUAUGACGUACGUCAGUCGUCGGGACCCGGAAGUACAAAUCGGAAAAGGUUAGCUCUUGGUAAGAAGCCUCGGGAGAGCUCUAAGUCUUUACAAAUGAGGAACAUUUAUGUAUCGGAUGGUGCAACGGGGACAAGUGGUACAGAUAGAGAUAGCCGUCAGUCUCGUCGUAGGGUACAAGGGGGUGUUUAUGUAUCUGAAGGGACAACAAGUGGGACAGAACCUGUUGAUAAUGGGAUAGAUAGUGGACCUGAAGGACAAUCCACUCCAAAAUCGGAAGAUAUCAGUGCAAGGCAAAGCAAUGCACCCACAACCAGUGAUUUUUCUCCUAGAGAGAGUAGUAAACCUAUGACUGACAUGUACGUUGGUCUUACAAACUCUGAGUUUGAAAAACCAACAAAAGAUAGUCAUUCCAGUUUUACCACAUAUGGAAUUGAAAAACCUACACGGCUAUCACCUUCUGUGUUUUUGAACUAUAAACCACCCAGGCAAGACCCACCGCCAUUUUCCACAUUUGAAAUAGACAAGCUUAUGAUAGCGAAUCCUCCUGGAACUUCGUAUAAUGGAACCUUGACCAGAGUGAGCGUGAACCUCGAAACGAAAGUCUUGGCUGGCCCGCAGAAUGGUGGCAACUUUACGCGACUACAACCAGCUGCGAAAGUUGAACACACUUGGAGUAUUUCGAGGCCAGUUAUGUCCCAGCUUAGUACGGGAGCAGCACCUUUGGUGAUUCAUGAUGCAUACCAACAACUCAGAAGUACAACACAACAACAAGCCUUGAAGCAACCGACCUCGCACCAGCCUGAACAUCGCCGUAAACGUGCACCACGGCACAAGCAAAUACUUCCAAAAACCAUUCAACAACACGUGAAGAAUCAAGCGUCUGACAGCAUGGAAAGCGAGAAAAGCCUCGAUAAAAAUGAGAAGAAGAAAUCUGUGGCAGACAUCAUUUUAGAAAAUAUGAUUCAGGACGAACAGGAGCAAAAGAAACGGCAUAAAAGACUCGAAGUGAAACAAGAACAAACGACUCAAGAUUUAAACCACUUGUGGGAACGGUUUCAAGACGUUUUUGGGAAAAAGUCGAGAAGCUCUCGUAGAAGUAAAACAGGCCGGAUAGUGCGCUCCCGACCGUCUCGCGAAACUACACCCACUGAUAUCUCACCGGUAUCUAGUUCGGAUAUUCUAUCUAGUGAGAAUGGAAACAUUAGUAGACAAUCUGUAGACACGGAUAGUGAUGAAGAAUUUGAGAGAUUUCUACGUCGUAUUCGGGAGAUACAAAGCAGUGAAUCAAGUAAGUCUUGUUACUUCCGCCAGGAGGAUAUCUUUUCACAUUGCUCUGUGUCUUAAAGAUACUAAAUGUACCUUAGAUACUAAAUAUUGAUCUAAUUCUAGUUUGUUGUGGUAAAUGAAAACAUUUACAAAAUUGUUAUCUAUAGGUUAUCAGGAAGACAAUGGUAGUACGUCAUCAAGGCUAUCAUCAGGUCACCAACGUGUGAUACAUAAUCAAUCUGAAACAACUCCAGUUGAGCGUUUACACCGUAAACCUCGCCAUGAAGCUGUUGAUAGUUCGACCAGUAUGACGUCAAUAGCCUCAUCAGACGACCGACGUGUGAGACGAAACGUAUCUCAAGUGCCUUCCCACGAACUGCCUCCUCGAAAAGCAAGUCGUCAAAAUCUUGAUGAUCCAGUUGUAGUUUCGAGCUCAGUGACUGAAAGAAAUUCUGAGAGCCUAGUUUCACUUCCCAUGUGGUUGAGUGUGAAAAAUAAAGAAAUGAUGAAACAAGGGAAAACUUCCUCUUCGGUAAUUUUAUGGGCUAUAUUUUAUUUAUUAGCACAUUCAAGAUUUUGGGCUGGAUAGAACUUAAUGUUGAACCUGUCUAUAUUGCAAAAUAACCUUUGACUCGAAAAACGUGAGUGAAAUAAUGCAUUUGUUUAUUCAUCCUUUUGUCUAUUUAUCUCAAUUUCACGCAGUGUACUUGUGGUGCAAAAUCUAGAAAGGAGAAACAAAAAACAAGUAGUGUUCGUGAUGUCGGCGUAAAUUGUCCCACACCACCGAUACAAGAGUUCCUACCCGUGGCAACUGACAUUGCUGUGCUAAAAGCUGGGCCGUCCGAAGAGAACAUUUCAAACCCUGUACCUGCAUCUCUGAUCAAACUAUCGCUACAAGAUGCGUUCAUGUAUUCGAAACAGGACUUCGUUGACAGAUCUCGGGAGCGAGUGAAAAAACUGAAGGAAAAACGCGAAGAAAGGGUAAUGACGAGUGCACAAGUUGUUGUCGUAGUGCCAAGUGAAAAGACCAAACCGAAGAAAGAGAAUAAAAAACCUGGUGAAGAUAGGAUGUUUGAUAUGAAACCAAAUAAACAAUUUGGUAAGUACGCGUUUAGCCCCUAACUGGCCCUUUCACCGUAGCUGUGCUUCGUGAUCAGGCAUGACUCAUAUGGUGGAUGCCUGAGGCGCCCUUAGAAAGACUUCGACUCGACAUGCUGAGUCCUUUGCGAUUCAGUUUUGCAUAUUUGAUCAUUUCAAUUUUUAGAACAACUUCAACGAAAGAAACCGCGUCCUAUGACCAACAAAGAAAUUCGUGAUGUUAACAAAAGGUUGGGUAUAGUCUAUAGAGUUUCAAAAUUUUAGUCGGCCUGUAUGUGUGGGGUUUUUUAUUUACACAUUGUGUGUAAUUCAUGUCAGUAGCGUGAGCAAUUGUCGUCUGUUGUUGUUACAUGUUAAAUUGUCGUCCAGCAAAGCUCUGUUCAAACGAGAGGCCAUCGUUAAUUCCCAUCGACUCUUUUCCAUUCUCAACUCUCACCAACUUUGAGCUGAUUCAAAUUUCCAUGAGAAUCUUUAAACCAUCUCGCUGAAACGUACACUACAUAUUUGAUUUUUGCAGGAUGUAUAAAAAUCUUCCUGAAGUGAGAAAAAGGGAGGACGAAGAACGUCGUGCGGAGUUUUACAAGACAAAUCGCUUGAGGGCCCAGUUGUAUGGAAAGGUAGGAUUCAAUCAUGUAUUCAUGUGUUACAUUUUCCGUCUGGAUAGUUGGUCGACUUGUGUUUAUAGUAAGACGCCAUCAGAUGCAUGCUUGAUGCGCAGUUGAGUUGAUGGGUUAUCCAUCGAGCUAAUGUUUUCUUGCAAUUUGCGUCGCAAUAAUGAUAUUUCUGAUAACUCUGCAUUCGUGUGUUCUCAGCUUGGUCACUGACCUUGUAAUGGAACUGGAUAAUGUGUCCGCUUUGGAAGCAAAUGCCGAUCAUAUAUUGAUUAUUGGACUGAUCGACACGAACUAAAGCAUGAUGGCACUGCAAUAUACCUGCCUUAUGUUCGUUCGUAUUAUUCAGAGACGUUCUAAAAGUUCUUAUAGAAACAUGGCAAUGUAUAGCUAUAUAGUCUGCUUCCUACCAACGACAUUUCAUUCUUCUUUUACCAACUUUGAAAUCAAACAAUUGUCGCUUUUAGCACGUGCGAAAUACAAAUCUUUAUAUAUUUUAUAUAUAUAGCUAUAUAGUCUGCUUUCUACCAACGACAUUUCAUUCUUCUUUUACCAACUUUGAAAUCAAACAAUUGUCGCUUUUAGCACGUGCGAAAUACAAAUCUUUAUAUAUUUUAUAUAUAUAGCUAUAUAGUCUGCUUCCUAUCAACGACAUUUCAUUCUUCUUUUACCAACUUUGAAAUCAAACAAUUGUCGCUUUUAGCACGUGCGAAAUACAAAUCUUUAUAUAUUUUAUAUAUAUAGCUAUAUAGUCUGCUUCCUACCAACUUUGAAAUCAAACAAUUGUCGCUUUUAGCAUUCUUCUUUUACCAUCAACUUUGAAAUCAAACAAUUGUCGCUUUUAGCACGUGCGAAAUACAAAUCUUUAUAUAUUUUAUAUAUAUAGCUAUAUAGUCUGCUUUCUACCAACGACAUUUCAUUCUUCUUUUACCAACUUUGAAAUCAAACAAUUGUCGCUUUUAGCACGUGCGAAAUACAAAUCUUUAUAUAUUUUAUAUAUAUAGCUAUAUAGUCUGCUUUCUACCAACGACAUUUCAUUCUUCUUUUACCAACUUUGAAAUCAAACAAUUGUCGCUUUUAGCACGUGCGAAAUACAAAUCUUUAUAUAUUUUAUAUAUAUAGCUAUAUAGUCUGCUUCCUACCAACGACAUUUCAUUCUUCUUUUACCAACUUUGAAAUCAAACAAUUGUCGCUUUUAGCACGUGCGAAAUACAAAUCGGAUAUUUACAGCUGCUUAAAUGAAGAACUGUUUUUUCGAUCCGUUUUUGAAAGGUAAGUAAAUAUUUGAAUAUUUAAUCCUUAUACAGCAGCCUAAUGAUCUUUCUUGUACAUUAACCUUUCCACUGAGAUUUCGCCAGUUUAAACAUACAUUGCCCGAUUCUUAUGAAACUGUCUUAUAUUAAUAACUAAAUUAGCUAUAUUAAAAAAAUACACGAGUGAUCCAUUCAGCUGCUUUUGCUCUUACCCAAUCAGAAGUGUGUAUUUUUUCAUAUAUGUUAAGUAAUAAAGGAUAAAAGGCUUGAAAAAAACAACAACAGUAUUCAGUAAUAAUGAUACUAUACUGUAUGAUCGUUAUUUCUUUUCUGUUUUUAGAACAAUUGGGCAAGAAUAUAUAUAA